CACUCCGCGCCUGUGUUUUAUCCGCGAAACAGGUGGAAACAUUUCAUAAGGCUGAAAUGGAAGGCAAGUUGGUGCUCCUCAUGUAUUUUCUGCUAGUGUUAGUGUCAGGUACUUUGGGAUUAGUUUCGAUUCUUACUUUUCCAGGUGAUUUCGAGGGAAGUCGAUUUCCGUACUCGGCGAAAUUACCCAAUUUUCUAAGCCCCUUCGUACAACAUUUAUAUAUGGGACUAAGUGUUGCAAUCUUGGCAUUGGCCGUUUCACAAAUUGAUUGUCUCACCGUGUUAAUAAUGAAUCAGAUAUGUAUGCAUCUGAAGGUUCUCAACUUGGCCUUUGAUGAACUCUAUGCGCCGUCGGAUCAGAAACUUAGUGUGGAUCCAUAUAACUGGCUGCUAUCGAUCGUCAAAUAUCACUGCGAAUUAAUUGAACUGCGUCAGAAAGUGGAGCUUAUCUUUAAAAUGCCAGUGUUGCUACAAUUUGUCAGCUCUUUGGUGAUUGUUGCCAUGACCGCAUUUCAAGUGAUCGUUGGAGAUGGUUCGAAAAGUUCAAUUCUUAUGGACUUUUUGCUAUGUUGUGUGCUCUGUCAGCUCUUUGUAUAUUGUUGGUUUGGCAAUGAAGUCUAUGAGCAAAGCAAAACACUUUCAACUUCUGGCUUUGGCUGCAGUUGGCAUGACUUUGAUGGCAAGUGUAAAAAACUUCUGCUGAUCUUCAUGAUAAAUGCAGAUCGUCCAUUCUUGUUCACGGCUGGAGGAUUCAUGGGUCUUACAUUACCCAGCUUCACAUACAUCAUGGGCAAGUCGUAUUCCAUUGUUGCGGUGCUCAGGCAAAUGUACAGCCGAAGCUAAAAUCUGUCAGUCAAAUAUGAACAUAUAAAUUUCGUUUAACGUUUCGCCUACGCCCCUCGAUUAUUGUAUACAUAUACUCGUAUGUAUGUACGUAUUGUUUACCAAUAAAUAUCUGACAUCAUAAUAUUAUUGUGCAUUUGAAAACCAAUCGCAUUUUGUGUUAGUUCUCUCUAAACCAUUAGGGGGAUUGCUGCUUUUUCAAAGUAAUGUUUUUUCUCUUGUGAUUCAACAAUAUUAAAAA